CUCUCAGUGAUUGAAUCCAGCUGUUGUCAGAAGUGCUCAGGGUACACGUUAAUUUCCAUUGCUAAACUCUGCUAUCUUUGCAGUGAGAGACCAGACCGUUUUGAAAGACAUUCCCCUUGCUGUUCGUCCAUAUUCCGAGGUUUCGGGUAGACUGGACAGCGGUUAUUCAAAUUCUGGUCUCGGUUUUCGCGUAAAGGCGCGGAGUCGGGGGCGGUGUGGCAAGAAUAGCCCACCACAUGCGCAUUCGAGUCUCCCCUUUGCAACAGUGGCAAGGCGAUCAACAGUUUUCUUAAUCAGAAGUAUCCACGGGCCGCUGGGUUUUUGUACGUACGUGGCUGGUAUUCCUGGACCUAUCAAAGAAUGUUGACAGUUCUGGUGUUGGCUUUAUGUUGCAUCCAUUCUGGGAACGGACAGACCUGCACAGAGGGGUUUGCCUAUGACCGCAGAGCCAGAGUGUGUGUCGACAUCGACGAGUGUCGUACGGUGCCGGACGCCUGCAGAGGGGACAUGCAGUGUGUGAACCAGAACGGGGGCUACCUCUGCAUCCCCCGGGGGCUGUACAGCCAGCCCACCUACCCUCGGGCAGGGGAGAGGGCAGGAGGCAGGGUGCCAGCCAUCGUGGAGCGGGAGCCUGCCUACUCAGACACCUCCCGGGGCUAUCCGGAGGCAGAACCGUACCCCCUGCCACCCCCUCCAGGCCCCGUGGCGCCCAGCUACCCCAUCGUGAGCCGCUCCGCGCCCUGCAUUUUGGGGUACACCCUGUCAGAAGAUGGCACCUGUAAUGACAUUGAUGAAUGUGUGACCGACUCCCACCAGUGCAACCCGACCCAGGUGUGCAUCAACACGGCAGGCGGGUACACCUGCUCAUGUACGGAGGGAUACUGGCUGGUCGGAGGCCAGUGUCAGGAUAUUGACGAGUGCCGUUACGGUUACUGCCAGCAGCUGUGUGCCAACGUGCCGGGCUCCUACUCCUGCUCCUGCAAUCCCGGAUUCACCCUCAACCCAGACAGCAGGACCUGCCAAGAUGUGGACGAGUGCGCGGACGAGCCCUGCUCCCACGGAUGUUUCAACACCUACGGGUCCUACAUGUGUAACUGUGAUGAGGGCUUUGAGCUGGCGUCCGAUGGGACCACCUGCAACGAUCUGAAUGAGUGUGGUUUCUCCGAGUUUCUGUGUCAACAUCGCUGUGUGAACACACCCGGGUCCUUUCAGUGUCACUGUCCAGGAGGCUACUAUCUCUACGAGGACGGACGGAGCUGUGAAGAUAUCAAUGAAUGUGAGACUGGUAACAACACGUGUACAACAGCACAAGUAUGUUUCAAUUUCCAGGGAGGCUAUACAUGCUUGGAUCAAUUAAAAUGUGAUCCACCAUACAUAGAACUCAGUGACAAUCAGUGUAUGUGUAGUUCAGAGAACCCAGCCUGUAGAGACCGGCCCUUCACCAUCCUGUAUCGUCACAUGGACCUGUCCUCGGGCCGCAGCGUCCCGGCAGACAUCUUCCAGAUGCAGGCCACCACACGAUACCCCGGGGCCUUCUACAUUUUCCAGAUCAAAGGGCCGGGCAACGAGGGGCGAGAGUUUUACAUGAGGCAAACCAGUAACGUGAGCGCCACGCUGGUCUUGUCCCGGCCCAUCAAGGGUCCAAGGGUGCUGGUUCUGGACCUCGAGAUGGUAACCGUCAACAAUGUCAUCAACUUCAGAGGCAGCAGCAUCAUACGACUCACAAUAUACGUGUCAGAGUAUCCCUUCUGAGGCCCGGACCCAUGACCUCUGACCCGUCACCACUCCGAUCCUCCUGUCACAACCAUUAAGGAUAUUACCCACAAUCCUUUACUCUUCAAAAUCUACCGAUCUACCUUCUCUCAUCGGGCAGCUCUGCUCUACUUCAUUCCCUGGGUGAUAGUGUCUAGGUUUACAGCCGUUGUCUCAGCACACUGUCGCCUGUUGUUGUAGGGCCUGGGGACUCCUAGCUCCCAUGUCUCUCCACAUCAGACUGCUACCGGACUGUAACUGUUAUCGUCACAGCCCCUCUGUGAUUUCAUUGGUCUCACCAUCGUUGUCGUCAGAAUAAACAUUCAAUACAUUUUCACCUGUUUCUGUCGGAGAGAAGAACCACCACCAAAGCAUCAACACACCCACACGUUCAUUGGACUCUGUUAAAGGUCUCUACAUUACGACUGCUGACCAAACAAAGGUCCACACAGAAGGAUAUUUAUGUUCUUUGCUAAAGGCUUUGUCUCUUGUGUCCUUACUCUUUCAGCUUUUUUAAUGUUCCCCUUGUUCAUUGAUUGACAGUCGGGGGUUUGUCAGUAUUGGUUGUUAACAAGCUGAUAUUCCUGUUUUACUAAUUCACAUUCACUAGCUAUUUCCUGUCAGUCGUUAUACUUCAUAGCUGUGAAUGUGAGCUUUACCAUAUGUAAGUUAAUGUGUUAUCAAAUCUAGGGACCAAUGUAUGUUCACAAAAAAAGCUAUUGACCUUAGAAGACAGACGGUUUCAUCCUCUGUCUGACUACCCUGGUCCCCGGUCUAUUCUCCCUGUCUGUCUGACUACCCUGGUCCCCGGUCUAUUCUCCCUGUCUGUCUGACUACCCUGGUCCCCAGUCU